GGCACACACAUCGAUCAAUGUUGGAACAGAGGGUAUAUGGGAGAUACGAUGGUGCUAGGCAUCGAAAGUUAAUCAGAAGAAAACUAGGUAUCGAUACCAGGAGGAAGCGUGGUGGACCUUGUGGUCAUGCUAUGCGUCUGGCCGAUUUAGAGAAGAAGGCGUUGCGUGAGCAGAAAGAGUCGUCGGCUACUAGCUCCAUGGGGGUCCAGUUAGAGAAGUUGGCGUUGCGUGAGCAGGAAGAGUCGUCGGCUACUAUCUCCAUUGAUCAGUCGCCAUCAAGCAUAAUUGUGAUGAUCACUUCCGAAGAUGCGAUUCCUCCACAAGCGCAAAGCUUUUCAGAGCAAGAAGCAGAAGCUCUUGAAGCCAAAUCCACCAGCUAAGUUAGCAAACAAUAAUUUCCCUUCUAUCUUUGUCUUUUAUCCGCCGGAUAAUGUUUUCCGGUGUCUUUCUCCUAUCAUAUGUAGUGGUCAAAGUUUGGUUUAUCUCUCUCUUAUUUUUGUAGUUACAUACCAUUCUAGUCCAUACUUUAUUCUUGUA